CGAAGAAAUUCACUGUGGAGCUCACACAUGUAUCUUCCGUAGAAUAAACUACAAUGAUUGUACGGUUUAAAAGAUGAACAAUACACAUACAGUGGGAGUACAAGAAGAUGAAGGAAUGGAACACAAAACCAGAAAAGACAUCAUUCACACCUUUCAAGUAAACUUCCUCGCGAUGAGUCUUUUAAAUGCAUUUCCAUGGGAUUAUUUAGACGAAGAAAUUAGAAGUUCAAAUACUUCAGACAUCAUAGAAGACAUCCUUCAGAAGACAUGCUUGCAUCCCAUUUGCAUCAAGAAUCCUCCCUCUUUAAAAUACAGAAGACGCUUCCUGACAGAAUUGAUUAAAAGACAAGAAAAGCUCUCUGCUGAACCUCUGGAUAUACUGUAUGAGGCUCUCGGUGAGGUCAUGUGUGCUCAGGAGGAGGACGUAUGCUACAAAACCUACUUACUACCAACAGGGGAUGCUGUUAGCCUAGCAGAGAAUGUGGCCCUCAUCUCUCAGGGCACCACAGGUCUGGUCACCUGGGAAGCUGCCCUUUACCUUGCUGAAUGGACUCUGGAAAACACACACAUCUUCAAAAACAAGACAGUGCUGGAACUGGGUAGCGGAAUUGGACUUACUGGCAUCGUAUUGUGUCGGUCCUGCAGCCUAACCAAAUACAUCUUCAGCGACUGCCAUCAAUCUGUGCUUCAGAGGCUGAAGGACAACAUCACAAACUGCUUAGCUAACUGCGACGACGUCAGCGUGGAGGAACUGGACUGGGAAAACGUGUCAGAUGAGCAGCUGCAAAGAAUACAGGCCAACACAAUCAUUGCUGCAGAUGUGGUGUAUGAUCCUGAUAUAAUUGCGUGUUUGGUGAGACUCCUGAGCAGACUUCUGAACCGUGAGGUUGAAGAAAACCAUCCUGAUGUUUACAUUGCAUCUACUGUACGCAACCCACAGACAUACGAGUGCUUUAAGAAAGAUUUAGAAAGGGCUGGACUGAGACAUGUCAUCAUAAAAGAUUCUGUUACUCAAGUGUUUCCAUACAAUCGAGCCUCCACUAUAGAAAUGAUCAAAAUAUAUGUAUGACAAAAUCAAUUUCUUUAUAAUAAAGUAUUUAUUUACAUAUUA